GUAUGCUUAUGAAUUGUGAAUACCCUUAAAUGUCAUGCACCUGAGAUGGAUUGUCCUCACAGAGUAGUCUUGUAGUCUGAUCUUUUCUCAUCUGAUCUGAGCUUUGAGACUUGUAGUUCCAAAGGAACCUUCAAUUCUUCUAGCCGAGCUUCAGGCAUCCGCUUUUCUGCGUUACUGAUUUCUGCCUUGCUGAAACCACAAAUUCAGAAGUUUCAAUAAGGGCUCUCUGGCCUUCCCCCUCAACCACAACCUUGAGCUACAAAAUCGCCGACAAUACGCUUUUGUCUCAGCUUGUGAUACACUCUUGUUCAUCUGUUAUUCUUCACCACAAAAUCGCCGAUCACUCCUUCACCAUUCACCAUACUGUCGCUGCUCACUUAAUCAUCACAUACCACCCAAAUCGCCGAUUACUCAACCACCAAAAUGUCUGGAGACGCACGCAAUUACCCUGCUGAGGACCAUGAGCAUCUCGCCCGCAUCCGUCGUGACCGUGAGCGCCUUGCUCGUGAGCGCCGGUCCCAGCACGAGCUCCCAGACCAGCACAACCAACCCGGCCAUGAGGACUCCGAGUGGGAGGCUGAGUUUGCCCACAUGCAGAGCGCCUAUCGCUACGUGGAGGAGUUCUCUCGCAAUCCUUUCGGUGGCUCGCGCAUGAAAGAGAACACCCCUCAAGCCGCUGCUACUGACGAGGCUGCAGCUGCUGGCAACGGCAACGGCAACGGCAACGGCAACGGCAACACCGCCUCUGAUGGUAUCGCCAUGUCUUCAGCCAACUACACCGUCUCCGAGCCCGAGCUGGAGCGCGGCACUGCCGACCUGGAGCCGAUCGCUGCUUCUGAUGCUGAGACUGUCAUCGAGACCAUCACCCCCCAGAACGCUGCUUUCAAGCUCAACCCCCGCGCCAAGCCCUUCGUCCCGAACCCCAACCUGGUCGUCACCCCUUGGGGUAUCAUGUCCAAGGUCGCCCCGGCCUACCUGCAGGAGCGCGCCGGCGGCUACGGCUACAACCCGGCCAUGAACCCGGUCAUGAACGAGGGCCAUCGUAUCUUGUACGGCCACCGUAUGGACGAGCCUCGCCAUGAGGUCACAAACGAGGGCCGUCGCGUCUUGGACGAGAACUACUAUAUGGACGAUACUUGCCGCGAGGAGAACGACGGUCCGAUGGCAUCUGAGGGCGACAACAGCGCCUAG